AUGGCUUCUACGUCAAACUCACCCCCGAGUUCAGGUGAACUCGAUCUGGAAGCUUUGUCAGCGUAUGAAGAUGCGCUCGAUGAAAGUGAAUCGGAGCUGAAACGUCUGUGUGAGGUCGCUUCUGAACACCUCACAAGGGAACGGCCGCGACCACAGGCCAUAGUACUUCCACCGUUGCUGCAUUCUCCUACAUCUACAACAAAGCACAAGCGAUCGAGUAGCAGCGAACAUUCAAGCAUAGAAAAAGUAGGAGAAGGUCAAGCGAGUAUUCGAAGUCGUCGACAGACAUCAAGCAGGCCUGAGCGUGUAAGAAGAAAUGGACAAAAGAGUGGCAGCGAUCUCUCAGAGUCGCCAGAAGACUGGAAGAUGAUGAACUACACUUUUCAAGAAGUCACUCAUUAUCCGGUUCUAAUUCAAAUCAAUCAACAAAUGCAGAUGUUGAGUCGUCAACUGUACGAAAUUGAAUCCACUAAUUCAUUACAACUGAAGAUUAUAGCACAGCUAUUGAAUAAACUGAUUAAGGCUCGACAGAGACCGUUCUACUCGUUAACUCGGAUCUUGCGAUUCCUCCCGGUGUUAUUCUUUAUUCUCGUCUGGCCAUUCGUCGCGCGUGCCUUGUACAGAUUUAUUAUUAGGAAACGACGCGGUAUGGCAAUGACCCUCCUGCGGUACCUUUAA